GACACUCACAGCCAGGGUACACAUGAGCAGGUAUCAAAGGGCAGGUAGAGACGUUUCAUUUCCUCUUAAUCCGUUCUUUUCAGUUCCAUUCCACCAGCUGGCGAGAGACCUGUGUUCGUGGGGACUAGACCAAGAACGUGAAGACCUGAGGAGAACGACAACAUUUUAGCAGAAGUUUCAUUUCAGUGACUUAAUUAGUUUUUUUCUUUACAAGGCGUCAACAGCGCUUACAGUGUUGUCCGGCACAGUGGCUUUCGGAGACCGUCGUCCAUCUGUCCUUCCGCUCUCCCUCCGUCAGUGCGACUCAGUGUCUCUUCCUCCGGUCGUCCCUCCGUCCUUGCGUCUGCCUGGGGCUGUACCCGUCCUUCUGGUCCCUGUGUCCACCCGUCGUAUCCCUGUAGUGGUCUGUGGCUGUGUUCAGUCAGGAUGUGUUGCACGGGGAAGUGUGCCCGACUCGUGGGCCUGAUCCUGCUGCCCUCAGCCUUCGCCUGUAUCCUGUCCAACAUACUCCUGUUCUUCCCCAACGGAGAGCAGCAAGACACCAGCCACAUCUCCCUGCAGGCCUGGCUCAUGGGCGGCCUCAUCGGAGGGGGCCUCUUUAUACUGUGCCCCAGUUGUUCGGCUAUCAGGGCUGGGGGCAAGGGUUGCUGUGGAAAUGGUUGCUGUGGAAACCGUUGUCGGAUGCUGAACUCUGUCUUCUCGUCUGCAUUUGGUUUGGCCGGAGCGAUCUACUGUACAAGCGUCUCCUCAGCAGGACUGGCCAUUGGACCUAAAUGUCAGAUUGCUGAUGGAAGUUGGGAAUAUCCCUUUGAAAACCUGCCAGGUGGGAACAGCAGUUACCUGUUUGACCACUCGCUGUGGGAGCUGUGUGUGAAGCCUGACAAUGCGGCCCUGUGGCACCUGGUCCUGUUCUCCAUCACACUUGGCCUGGGGUGCCUGCAGCUCAUCCUCUGUGGUAUCCAGGUGGUAAACGGCUGCAUUGGCUGCAUUUGUGGUGAUUGUCGUGACAACAAAGAGGAUGAUGGAGGGUUGUGAGAGACUACCUCUACAGUGUCCUGGCCUGUUUCCUAGGUGAUAUGAUGGUACCAUGAGUCAAGCAUUCACACAACGGCCUAUUAACUUUCCCCUUUGGCUUUGGAGUAUAUUGUCUAUUUCUUGUACCCUGUAUUUCCAAAUCAAGCCAAAAUGUGCCAUAUAAAUCCAACGUGUUGUAUAUCUUUAUUUUUAGAAUUCUUUGCUCAUGUCAUAAUUGUACCUCCAGUGACAUUUUUUUUCUGUCUCUGCUGCCCACAGCCGGUUUGCUCAAUUAUUAAACUCUUUGGCUUUUGUAUGAAUUAUUGACAACAAUGUGAGAGGAAACUUCUAAUUUGAUGCCGGUUUUGCCGGGAUUGAUCAGCAGGUUACCUACAGUAGUUGUUCAAAUUGUAAUUUCUUUUUAGCAACAAUUAUAAAUCAUUCACAUUGUUUUGUAUCUCUGGUAUGUUCUUUACUAUAAUCCAUAACAACAAUAAAGCAAACAUUUGUCAGUGGUACACAAUAAAAUACUAUAUUUAACUUAA